GAGAGAGAGAGAAAGAGGAAAGAAAAUUUUGUUCGUAAAAUUGUUUAACUUUUUAAGAUAUCAUUAUGCACGAUGUUAACGUAUUUCACAUAUGAAUGCUUCCCGUUGUCGUUGUUCAGUUUAAAGUCAGUCGCACGCGUACCGAAUAUUUUCCCUUAUGUAUCGCGGGUGCGUAUCGCGUUUCCGUUACAAAAAGAGUGGGGCAUCUACCCCUCUUCUUCUCGAUGUUCUAAGUCGAUGUCGACGAGAACAGAGUAUCGAAGGAUCGAAACGACCAUCCAUUCGUCGAGUAAGUCUUCGAACAGUCGUUCGUAUCGGUUCGUUUCUUCGUUCGGAUAUCUUUUUGCCAACGAUCGAUCGAUCGAUCGAUCAAUCUAUCAUUUUUUAUCCCGAUCGAUCAACCCUUUACCAGUUAUUGAUCUCUCACAAUCUCCCGAUGAGAAAAGUUCUCUCGUCGAAUUUAUCACGAGCGACGAGUGCAUACAAGAGAGAAAAUCCAAUAUAUUCACGAUAACGAUAAAUAGGAUAUAGAGAAGAAAAAACCUUACCCAACGUAACAGAUAUCUUUUCAACGAAUGAAGAUGAGUACCAUGAUCCAUCGUCAUUUAUCACGUUUCUUCUUUCUACUUUCCUUGAUUCGAUUUUCGAACGCUGGAAAACCCGUCGAUAUUCUCUCUACCAGUGGCUUCAGCGUCUUCAAGGAAGACGAGAUUCUUCGAAUGUUUUCACCCAACAAGACGGACCCCUCAGAUAAUUUCACCAUUAUCGAUUUCAUCGGUAUCUUGGAAAAUCACACUGCAGAUGGAUUGGACAAGGUUGUCUGGAAGUUAAUUAAUUCCGAAACAAUUUUUACCAAUCCUUAUUAUGAUUUAAAUGAUAUGAGAGAUAUACUUACAAUGGAUCAACCCUGGACUACUUACAUCACAAUGAAUUCGAAGGGAGAAUGGAACGAUCGAAAGGGAAAAGAAAUCAAUGAUACAUAUACCUUCACCGAGGAAAUCGAUCUGGAAGCUAGUAGAUUGUUAAAAAUUGUACCUGCAUAUGAUCCUGGUGCUGGUAGUGUUAGUACAGAAUGCAAAAGGGAUGCUGAAAAAUUCCAUCGGGAGCUCAAUAAAUUCACUUUGUGGGCUUUGAAAAUGUAUGAUGCAACGGCUAAGAUACCUUCUGGUCUUUUAAAUGGUAAUGUGAAUCAACUCGGUGAUUUCGAUGAAUGUAUCGAAACCGUGGGAAACGAUGGUAUACAGGGACAAUAUUGUUUGGCUUAUUUGCAAUUGGACAUUGAUGAAUCUCGACCUGAUUUGAAGCAUCUUCAUCGUCUUCUUCAUUCUCAUUACAUCAUCAGAAGCAACGUAACAGAUCCAGGGCAUAGAGUACCACGUUUCAGUACAGUAAAUUGGGCCGUCUGUACACCAGCAUCUUGUUCCUUUCGUGACGUUGAGAUCUCUCUUCGCGAUACCCUAUCCAAAUACACAUCUCAAAGUGGAUUAAAGAUUUCGGUUCGUGUCGAUCGAGAUAUGUGUCAGAUGAAAAAUAAUCAGCCACUUCCAAGAGAAACCAUUUUCGUGAGUAUUUUCUUCGUUUCUGUGGCAGUAUUAACUCUGAUUGCUGCAUACUACGAUCAUCGUAAAUUGUCGACAAGCGAAAUUCUUUUAUCCUUUUCGCUGAAACGCAAUUUUCAAAAACUUAUCUCAUUGGAAAGAAUUGAAGGGGAUAUAACAAUAUUGCACGGAGUGCGAGCAUUUAACGCUUUGAUGUUAUUAUUAGCUCAUAAAAGUAUGGCACUAUUCUACAAUCCUUACACCAAUAGAACGGGCAUGAGCGAGUAUUUAGGUGAACCAUGGACGGUCGUAGGCAGAGCUGCCAGCCUUUAUACCGACCCAUUUAUCAUGCUCUCUGGCCUUCUUACCGCAUAUUCUUUUCUUGGAAGAAUAAAAAAAACUGGCCAUUUGGAUAUUAAAAAUGAAUAUCUCUCGCGAUUUUUGAGACUGGUACCAACUUUAGGGGCAUUGAUAUUAUUUUGUACUUAUAUCUUGCCGUAUCUGGGUUCCGGACCUCAAUGGAAUUUAGUUAUUAUACAACACGCUAAUAUUUGUAAACAAACGUGGUGGAGAAAUUUCUUAUUUAUUCAUAAUUAUUUUGGAUUUGAGAAUAUGUGUUUGACGCAUACGCAUCACGUAGGUAUAGAUACUCAACUUUUUGCACUGUCUCCUCUAUUGGUAUUGCUCUUGUACAAAAAACCAAAGAUCGGUAGUAUCGUACUUUUUACUUUAGCUACAUUCUCGACGAUAUUGAGAUAUUACGUUACAUAUUUUAAACGUCUUAAUAAUUAUGUCUACUUUGGUAUUUCAAUAAAACAAUUGUUUGAUACGGCUAAUAUGUCGUAUAUUUUACCAACUCACAGAUUGACCGUAUAUAUUAUUGGUAUAUUUGUUGGAUACUUGCUACGAUCUUUACCUAAAGAAUAUAAAAUGAAAAAAACUACCUAUUACAUAGGCUGGAUUUUAUGUACGGUAAUGUUCUUUGGCUCCAUUUUUGGUCCAGCAAAAAUGGGAACUAUUGAUUAUAUUUAUAAUCCAAUGCAUGCAGCCGCGUAUAAUGCUUUUGCUCCUAUCGGAUGGUGCGCACUUUUCGCUUGGAUAAUAGUGAUACAUCAAACAGGAAAUACAAAUGGAUGCUUAAGCAGAAUUUUAGCUUGGAGAGGAUUUUUAAUUACCACGAGACUCGGUUAUGCGAUUUAUUUAACGCAAUUCCCUGUAUUUUUCUACAAUGUCGGACAGACUCGUAGUGCCGAGUAUUAUGACUUCUUAAAAUUGGUGUUUAAUAUCGUAGAAAUGGUAUGGAUCCUUAUCGCAUCCGUUAUUCUUACUCUACUCUUUGAUACGCCCUUUCAAAAUAUCAAGAAUCAUUUACUGAAAAAACAAACGCUACGAGAACAAAUAUCAAAGCCAUUGAAAUUGGAAUAAUGUAGAUGUACCAAAUGUAUUUUUCUUUCCUACCAAAAUUAUGUUUAAGUAUUGUAAAUAGUCCCGACGAAUUGUGUAUAUAUAUAUAUAUAUAUGUAUAUAUGUACAUACAUAUACAUACAUAUAUAUUUUCUGGUUAUAGAGAUUAAGUAUAAAUUUUGUUACUUGCCAUCAUAUACAAUGUAUAUGACAGUCAAGAGAAAGUAUUUGUAUCAUACAUAUGUGUUAUGAAUAUGCAAUGCUAUAUAAAUAAUGUUA